AUGGCGCAGCAAGGAGCUCAGCUGGACCAUGAAAAAUUCUGCUGUUCGACCUGUUUGGAUCUACUGAAGGAUCCGGUAACUAUUCCCUGUGGACACAGCUACUGCAUGAGCUGUAUUAACAACUUCUGGGAUGGAGAGGAUGAGAAGAAGAUCUAUAGCUGCCCUCAGUGCAGACAGACAUUCACACCAAGGCCUGUCCUGAUGAAAAACACCAUGUUAGCAGAUUUAGUGGAGGACCUGAAGAAGACUGAACUCCAAGCUGCUGCUGCUGCUGCUGCUCCUGCUGAUCUCUGCUAUGCUGGACCUGAAGAUGUGGCCUGUGAUUUCUGCACUGGGAGGAAACUGAAAGCCAUCAAGUCCUGUCUGAACUGCCCGGCCUCUUACUGUGAGAAACAUCUCCAACCACACCAUGAUGAAACUAUAGUGAGUGAAGUUGAAGAGCUUCAGGUGGAGCUGCAGCAGAAGAUCACUGAGCUGAAGAAGAAAUACACUGAACUGGAGCAACUCUCACACACAGAGGAUCACACUCAGUUUCUACGAAAUUACACACCACUAUCACUUCCUGUUUUAUCACCUAUCCCAAUUUUGGACUUUUGUACUUCAGUACCCUUAGCGGAUGUGGAAGAGGCUGUGUCGGAGGUCAGAUAUGCACUGCAGGACAUUCUGUACAAGACAUGGACUAAGGGAUCUCUGAUGGUACGUGUAGUCGAUGUUUUUACAAAAUCAAGCCAAGAAGUAGAACCGAAGACCAGAGCUGAAUUCUUACAAUACUCACACCAGAUCACACUUGAUCCAAACACAGCACACAACAAUCUGUUACUGUCAGAGGGGAACAGAGCAGCAACAAAAACAAGAAAAGUACAGCCGUAUUCAAGUCACCCAAACAGGUUCAUAUAUUGUUGGCAGGUCCUGAGUAGAGAGAGUCUGACUGGACGUUGUUACUGGGAGGUGGAGAGGCGUGGGAGAUGUGCAGUAGCUGUGACAUACAAAGAUAUGAUCUUUCAACUUAUGGUCGGAACAAGAACUGGUAUUACAAAUCAAAGUCCAUUUGGAGGCAACGACCAGUCCUGGGCAUUGGAUUGUUGCCAAAGUAUGCAUCUAUUCAGACAUAGUGAUAACUUGACAGUCAUCCCAGGUCCUGGUUCCUCCAGAGUAGGAGUGUACCUGGAUCACAAAGCAGGUAUUCUGUCCUUCUACAGCGUCUCUGAAACCAUGACUCUCCUCCACAGAAUCCAGACUAGAUUCACUCAGCCUCUCUAUGCUGGAUUGCGGUUUUACGAUUAUCCUUUUACAUCCUAUGCUGAGUUUUGUAAAGUAGAUUAAAGAGGU